AUGGCGUUCGACAAAUUCCCCAGCGAGCCCACCAUCCCCGUGAAGGAGUUCAAGGUCGCCGUUCCGCAGGCGCAAAUCGAAGACUUGCGAGCACGCCUUGUGAACCAGGCGCCGCGUAAGGCGACUUGGGACAACACUGUCGGGCCGUUCCACCUCGGCGUGAAGAAGAAUUGGCUCGACGAGACGAUCGAGAGGUGGAAGUGGUUCGACUGGCGCACGGUCGAGGACGAGCUGAACUCGUUCCCCCAGUACAAGGCCACGGUCAACCUCGACGGCGCGUUCUACGAGGUCCAUUUCCUCGCUCUCUUCUCGCAGAAGAAGAACGCGACACCAAUCCUCUUCGCUCAUGGCUGGCCAGGCAGCGUGCUCGAGUUCGUUCCCAUGCUCCAGAUGCUGAAGGAGAAGUACACGCCCGCUACGCUGCCUCACCACGUCAUCGUCCCGUCACUGACUGGGUUCGGGUUCUCUUCUGCACCGCCUGUCGACAGGCCUUUCACGUCUCUGACUCAGGCGACGCUCUUCGACGCGCUCAUGCAAGGGCUAGGCUUCGGCAAGAAGAACGGCGGAUAUCUCGCGCAGGGCGGAGACGUGGGCAGUUUUGUGGUGCGCAUCAUGAGCACAUUUGAGGGCUGCAACGGCAUUCACGUCAACUUCUUCCCGCUGCUCGGCAAGUCGGUCGACACGGAGGGACUCGACAAGAUUGACAAGACGGCCGUCGCACGCUCCAACAUGUGGUCCGGGUUCGGCACCGGAUAUCUCAUUGAGCAGGCCACGAAGCCUGGCACAAUCGGCGCUGUCCUCGAAAGCUCGCCCGUCGCUGUGCUGGCGUGGAUCGGCGAGAAGCUCGCUUAUGCUAAGGCCAAGGACACGAUGCAGUUCCUCCUCGCCGAGGUAUCGCUGUACUGGUUCACGGGCACGGUGGCUACCUGCAUCUGGUUCUACCGCUCUGGGUCUGGCGCUGGAGCCGUCAAGGACGGUCCGAGUGUCGCCUUCCCGCCAAGCCGCAUCGAGAAGCCCAUGGGAUACUCGCAGUUCGUCGAGGAGGUGUACCCCACCCCCAUCUCCGUCGUCAAGCCCAUCGUCGGCGACCUUGUCUGGAGCAAGCGCCACCUCACCGGCGGCCACUUUGCCGCUCUUGAGCGUCCGGACGCCAUCUGGGAGGACGUGACUGAGUUCGCCAAGGUCGUCGAGGGUAGGAAGAUCAAGCUCUAA